CCGGUGGCGCGAGUUUUGGCAGGUGUGUUGUACUGUAAGAAGUUAACCUUGCUUCUUCAUUUUCUUAAAUGUACAUAACCUAUGGUGAUUGUCUUAUUGGCCUUUUUCCCCAGUAAUUUAAGUCAAAGUCACUCUGGGGCGAUUGGGAGUUUCUUUUGGAUGCGUAAAUGAACAUGGGAAGAUGGAGUCAGAAAGACACAUUAACAUGUCGAUUCUGGCUUGUCUAAGAGAACACAACUAUUGGUGGAAUGUUAAACGAAGGCCAGUCCAGUCCUCAGUGUAUUCAGUUACAUAUAUCUCAACUCUGCUACCAAUACAGCGGUAAAGUGUCCGGAGGACUCAGAUAGGCUACAGGAAGACCUAAACCUUCUGGAAGACUGGGCGGUGGCCAGUGGCAUGACUUUCAACUUGAAAAAGUGCAAAGUAGUGAAGUUGCGCACCUGUAGACUGCAGAAUGCAAGUUACACCCUGUGCAAUGAAAGCUUGUCCUGCACAACGUCGGAACGCGACUUAGGUCUAGUUCUAACGGAAAAAAUGGACACAAGAGUAAAUUACACAGUGGGUGUAGCGGGGACAUAUGCGGUCAUACACUUUACGCAUAGACAGUUAGGUGCACUCACUCCUGAGCUCUUUCUAAUGUUGUACAAAACAUACGUCAGGCCACACCUUGAGGUGCAUAAUAUUAUUGCACCCCCAAUGCUGAGAAGAGACGCCAACCUCUUGGAAAGAGUCCAACGACGGGCAACAAAAGGAGUGGUUGGUCUCCGAAACAAACCAUAUGAUGAAAGGCUGAAGAAAUUAGGCCUGUUCACACUUAGUUACCGUCGGCUUAGGGGGGAUUUGAUUACUGCCUACAAAAUAACAAAUGACCAGAAUCACCCAAACAAAGGUGUUCUGCCAUUGAGUAGGUAUAGGCUCUCACGUGGAAAUCCCAGAAGGAUAGCUCACCAGAGGGCAAGGACCCGGGUGCGCUCCCACUUCUUUUCACUGCGGGUUUGUCGUCCCUGGAAUUCCUUGCCGGCAGAUGUAGCUAUGGCACCGUCUUUGGACGCCUUUAAGCGAAGGCUGGACAACCAUGCAGCGAUACAAGGACUGCAUUCAAAUGGCCUAUCUCCUUAAAAUCUCAUAUACCAAUCAGGGUAGAUAAUUAAACUCGUCAUUUUACUUCUUUACAUUCUCUCCCGUCUUACUCUCCUGACAACUUAUUAAUAUUAUAAUUACUAUUAUUAUUAUUAUU